AGACAAAAAGAGAUUUAUAGCAUAACAAUUUAAAGUAGUGUCUCUUUUAUGUUUGUGCACUUUUUUAUUUAGCAUGUCAAGUAUCGAUGAAAGGCUGGAAGGGAUGGAUACACUCUUUUUAAAGUGUGAACAUACACGUCGUUUAAUGACUGUCAGCUCAUUGUGGACAUUUGAUCAUCGUCUAGAUGAUAAAUCUGUGUACAGAUUACUUGACAAGUUGUGUUCGGCCUACCCUAGAUUUGCCAGAGUUCCCUGUCGCCCUUCCUUUUUUAAAACUGCUACCUGGACCGUGCCAAUAGGUUGGUCUCCGCCAAACAAUGUUGUGCUACACACGUUAAAUAAACCAACCACACAUGCACUCCAGCACUACUGUUCUCAACAGAUGGCUUUACCAUUGGAUUAUGCGAAGCCGCUUUGGGAACUUCAUGCAAUUUCCGGCUUAAAAGGAGAUCAAUGCGCAUUCUUUUGGAAGGCCCAUCACGUCAUGUCCGACGGGCAAGGGUUUAUCCGUAGCAUUUUAAGUACCACCUCGAUCGAAGCAACACUGCAAAGACUCGAACAACAAUCUUUACGUCAGGGCAAGCCAAAACAAGUUGUGCCACGCUACUCAAAUAGGUGGCCCUACUGUAUUAUGAAAAUCUUCUCGUUUGUAUGGAUGGUGAUUUCUCAUAUUUAUGUCUAUUGGAUGACAUGGAUACACGACUUAUGGGUUAUAUUACUAUGUAUGGUGCCAUUGAGACGAAAUGACUUGAUGUACGACGGUUUACAAUCAUUUGAAAAGGAGAUGUCAUGGUCUGAAGAUAUUCUUAUGAGCGAUAUCAGGCUAGUGAGGAAAAUAUUUGGCGGUACGUUGAACGAUGUAAUGGUAGCCGUAAUAACACGUUGUAUCAAGGAUUAUCUUGAAAAAAACGGAAGAAGACAGGAUAAUUACCUUCGACUUGUUAUUCCUGUGUCUUUACGUCAUCCUAAUGACUGGAAAUGCCACAAUGUAGUGAGUUGUAAUUGGGGCUUUUUUUCUAUGGGGAAUGAGGACACAAAAGAGCUAAUUAAGCAAGUUCGGCGAGAAAUGAAAGCAAUAAAAACGUCUUUUCUUCCAAAGCUCAUGUAUUAUUGGAUUAGUUUUAUUUGGGGAUAUAUGCCUGGUAUAACCCCUCCCCGAUGGAUGUAUGAUUAUGUAUGCGAUAUUCCGCACGGGGUCUUUACAAAUCUUCCUGGUCCUACAAGCCCAAUUUCGUUCGCAGGUCAUGAAGUUCAAAACUAUAGGACAUUUCCUCCUCAAGUAGGCAAAGGUUCGAUUGGGAUUGCUUUAAUAUCUUACAAUGGAAAAGUGAGUAUAGGAGCUAUUGCUGAUGUGACGAACCGAUAUCCCAACUUAACGCAAUCUGUAUGUCAACGCUUUUCAAAAGAAUUUGGCUUUAUACUGCAUGAAGCUCAAAUGGAACUAUCUAAGUGUGCUUAAAUAAAAUAACUAGUUCCGCACUAUGGGCCGGCAUCCUGUCUAGUUAUGUACGAUAAGGGGGGGUUCUUUGUGCGACUCAUGUGAAUGAACAUGACAGCUUCAUGGAAUAGAAUUUGCUCGUAUCACCCUACUUAACACAAAAUGAAGAAUUAUAGGGGAUGUAUUUCAACUACUAGGGCACCAAGGUUGUCCAUAUGUAGGCUGUGGUUUUCUUGAUGGCCCAGCACACACUAUCUUUUUC